AUGAGACACCGUUCGGACGCGAGCUUCAUGGUGGCGGUCGCCGUCGUGCUGCUCAACGCUGUGACUUUUGUCGGCGCGCUCGAGGCAUGCUCUGGACCGACCCCGGCUUGCUUUUGCGAAGACCAGAUGGUUACUACUUGCGAUGUCUCUCAGGGCAUCCCUACGAACAUCCCCACGAAUACUCUUCGGCUUGCUACCAUUGAGUGCGUUCGCCACUUUGACCAGCUUGACCCGACUGCAACAUUUACCGGACUGACAAAUCUUCAAUACUUAGAUUUGAGCGGGGGAAGCCUGACUAGCAUUUCCCGCGGCUUGUUCGCACCCAUCCCAAACCUGAGAACCCUCAAAUUGCGUGACAACCCCCUCGAAACUCUGGAGGAAGACUUGUUUUCCAACAUUCCGAAUUUGAUGGAUCUGGAUUUAAGUGGCACGCUGCUCUCCCAAUUUGACUGGAACGCGCUGCAGUCUGUCACAUCUCUCACAAAGCUCGAUUACAGCAGAAUUCCGACCCUCACAUCCCUGGAGAAUUCACCGUACUUAUACAACCAACUGGCAGAGUUGAGGCUCGCUGAAUGCUCAAUCGUAGAAAUCUCGCCCGGUUUCCUCCAGUCCUUUCCCUUGCUGUCGACAUUAUCUCUCGCAAAGAAUGAAAUCACUUGGUUCGACGCAGAGCACUUUCAGUACACUCCAGGAUUGACUUCCCUCGAUUUGUCUGGAAAUAAUCUCACGACAGUGACCCCGGACUUAUUUAGCAAUAUUGGUCAACUGUCCUGGCUAGAUUUGUCAAAAAAUCGCCUGGAAAACCUCGAUUCGAACGCGUUCGAGCCUUUGACCCAACUGUUCGUUUUGUUUCUUUACGGAAACCCGAUGACCACCCUUCCUCCCGGGCUUUUCUGGGACAAGGCCAGCUUGGCAUCCGUUAUUCUUGUGCCCAACAACUUUACUUUUGGAAAUAAUACGUGGGCUCCACCCAGUACCUAUGGCACAGCGGCUUUUCCUUCAGCUUGCUCCUUUGAAUGCGUCACUUGCAUUGGCGCUGGCGCAGAAAAUUGCUGUCCCGCAGAGUGUCUCAACUGCACAUCGAGCACCAAUUGCGUGCAGUGCGCCAACGGAUUUGAGGUGUACAAUGGCUUGUGCGUUCGCGCAAGUGUGGUUGCGUCCGAAUCUGCUGUUUCUGCCAAGUCUGCCGCAUCGAUUGUGUCGAUUACGUCGGCCGCGUCGGCUGCGUCGGCCGCAUCGGUGGCAUCCAUCGCAUCGGCUGCGUCCGCAGUUUCAGCCGCUUCAGUCGCAUCGGUUCACAGUCCAACUGCAUCUGCUACGCCUUCCUCGAAAAAGACCGACGACUCUGACCUUCCCACGAUUGUUGGCGCCGCCGUGGGUGGGGCGAUUGCUCUCCUGUUGAUCCUUCUCUUGGUCGCAAUCCUGCGUCGAAACCGAUCGAAGAGCAGGCGGUUUCCAAUUUACGAACCAACCGUGCAUCCGAUGGUGCAUCUCGCCGGUCCCAACUCCAUCAAGCAGCAGCAGCCAGCUGCCGCCGAAGAACAGUACUCUACGCUUGCGCCCAGACAAGAGGCAUCGACUUAUGCCUCUGUCCACUACGACGACGUCAAACCACCUUCCGAGUACGCGGUCGCGACGUCGGUGAAGUAUUCCAGCUUGACCACGGACGUGAACUAUGUGCAGCCCGCAUUGCAUGACUCAUCGCGACCUGUGGCCGGCGGACCAGCCACUGCCUAUGCCUCUGUGGUUGUCGCCACAAACCAGCUGUCAACCUCAGAGCCUGCUGGUGCCGAGUACGCUACUGUCAAGUAA